UGUUGUCGUGAUCGUGUGGGAUUGGCUGAGCGUAUUGGAGGUGGUACUGCGGGCGGUGGGCAUUCAGAAUUACUAUAGGAAACAUCAGAGAUACCUAGAAAGGGUUCAUUUUUGUCGCAAGAAAAGACUGCAUUUAGAGAAACAUGGCAAUACUGUCGGUCGUGCGUAAACAGCUCAAGAGUCACCCCGCUCUCAUACCUCUCUUCAUCUUCAUUGGUGGAGGAGCAACUAUGAGCAUGUUGUACCUGGCUCGGUUAGCUCUGAAAAACCCUGAUGUCUCAUGGGACCGCAAGAAUAAUCCUGAACCCUGGAACAAGCUACAGCCAAAUCAUCAGUACAAGCUUUUUUCAAUCAACAUGGACUACUCCAAGCUCGAGAAAGACAGACCAGACUUUUAAAUAUCACAACUUUCCUUAUAUGUAUGAGUAUGUGAAACGUUUGCACUUUAUUGCCAAAUACAAAUAAAAUAAUAUAUUGAGUGGA